CCACUCUAAUUUGAGUAUAAACAAUUAUAAAUUGUGAAAAUGAUGCGGCUUAUCCAAUCUUCUUACAUACGACCACCACAAGCGAAUUGAAUCGAACUAUCGACUAUGGUAAAUCCGAAUCUGUCGUGGUCGCACCACUCAAUUUCCACACCCCAGGUGCCGAUAGACUAGCAUGUCUCAUUAAUAUUAAUAUGGUCAGCGGUUCGCCCAAAUCAUAUAGCCCAACUAGUAUCUUUGUAUCUAUGUAUCUUUGUAUCUUCCUGCUAAGGCCUAAGGCUUGUUAAGGUAUUUCGUUUUGGUUUUUUUUUUCAUUUUUUGCGCUCGGAAGAUAAAUUGGCUUUAAUUAUAUUAGUUAAUAUAUAAUCUUUAACACCAUUAAUUUAGUUGCGCGUAUUAAUUGCUGUUGAUUUCGCUUGUCAAAUCACAUUUAGUCGCCGUCUGUGCCUUAUUAAUUUUUUUUUUGUUUUCGUCUUAUUUGUUUUUAAAUUCAAGUUUUUCAAGUUGUUUUUCUUUCCUUUUCUUGGCGGGUUCUUUGUUAUUGCCUCUUUUUGACAGCAAAAGCGUGCUCUUGUGUAGACACAUUCGUGUUGGCCGCUUUUUUGUUUCGUGGUUUUGAUUAAUUUACCAUUGGCGGCUGCGAACAGAAGCCGCAUCGGUUGGGUUUCUCUUCGAGGCAUUAAUUUAUUAAAAUGUUAAUUAAUUUGUCAGGCGUUGAAUUCGCUUGAUAAAUAGUCCAAAAUAGUGGCGAGUUCGAAUGGGAAAAGUAUCUCUCUUGACUUUUCCAAAUCAACAUGGCUUAGAAAUUUACGUAUCUUAAUAGCAAUUAACUUUCCAUGUAAGUCUCCAGAAUAUGUCUGACAAGGAUAAAAAAGAUGAACCGGAACAGUUGGAUGAUGAUUCCAGUGACGACGAUGCCAACCAGACCGAUGCUAGAGAUCAGUAUUCCAAUCCUACCAUCAGUGCAUCACCCUCGAUUCUGCGACACCCUAACGCUCCCCGGCCUGAUAUUUCGAGUGCCCCCUCGGUGGUCAUUGCGUUGCCAAGUAGCGAGACGGUCGUCGCGACCGAGGAAACACCGGAGGAGCGACUCCGGCGAAGGAUGAGGUUUCUCGAGUUGCGGCGUGAGCACUACAACUACGUCAGUCACAGCGAGCAAUGCAACAUGGCGGACACGGAGGAUGAAGAUCACGCGGAGAGUCACCCAAAGUAUGAAGAGAAUUGCAAGCCCAAAUAGAUAAUUGGUUUUAAAUUAAAACUACCGAAUUGAAACUACCUUGCAAUUAAAUUGGCAUUAAUU